UUCCCUCCGACUCCGUCCACGGCUGACGCCUGGACGCCCCCCACCUCGCCUCACGCCACCGCGACCAAUUCCACCUCCUCCUCCUCCCACAAAAAGCGAUGGCGCCAGCCACCAUCACGAAGCGGAGCGCCGCGUAGUCAAGUCACGCACGCACGCCAGCCACCGGAUGGCCGUGACGCCGUGCCCGCCGCGGCGGCCCAUCUCCGCGCCGUGCUUCCUCCUCUGCUUCCUGCUCGGCUUCGUCGCGGGCCUCUUCCCCUUCGCGCACCGCCACCUCCACCUCGACCUCCACCUCCCGCUCCCUCCCCCGGCGAGCACCGUCGUCGACAGCCCGUCCACGCCGACGAUUCUGCAGCCGCAGCCGCAGCAGCGGCCUCCCGCGGUGGCGGCGAAGCGGAAGCUGCUGCUGGUCGUGACGCCGACCCGUGCCCGCCCGCUGCAGGCCUACUACCUGCGCCGCCUCGCGCACACGCUCCGCCUCGCGCCGUCCCCGCUGCUCUGGCUCGUCGUCGAGUCCGGCGCCGCCACGCGCGACACGGCCGCACUCCUCCGUGGCUGCGGGGUCAUGUACCGCCACCUGUCCUCCCCUGUCCCCGACGCGCCCCAGGAUCCUCCUCCCCGCCGCCGUGGGCGGAGACAGGAGCGCCCGAUCGUAGACCGCCGCGCACGCCAGCGGAACACGGCGCUGGACCACAUCGAGCACCAUCGUCUCCACGGCAUCGUCUACUUCGCCGACGAGGACAACGUCUAUUCGCUUGACCUCUUCCACCAUCUUGGCGACAUAAGGAGUUUUGGCACCUGGCCUGUGGCAACCUUGGCACCCGGGAAGAGUAAGACAAUACUGAAAGGACCAGUGUGCGAUGGGAACAGGGUUGUGGGAUGGCACACUAGAGAUGGGAACAAGAAGCGGGGAAGGUUCCAUGUCGAUAUGUCGGGGUUUGCAUUCAACAGCAGUAUGCUUUGGGACGCCAAGAACAGGGGUCAUCAAGCCUGGAAUUACAUACGGCAGCUGGAUACUGCUAAUGAGGGGUUUCAAGAGACAACAUUUAUCGAACAGCUUGUAGAAGAUGAAACUCAUAUGGAGGGUGUACCUCCUGGUUGUUCAAAAAUUAUGAAUUUUCAUCUUCAUCUGGAAGACAAAGAUGCCAUGUACUUGAACGGGUGGCAAACCACUCAAAACCUGGAUGUAAUUAUUCCUCUGGUGAAGGAAGCAUAGCACAUACUGGUUCCUUGCUUACCUGGCAGAUUCUUUUUCAAUGUGGCUGAAGAGGAGGAACAUCUAUCAAGUAUCAACUCAUAUACCAGAGUGCCAUAGAGACUGAGGCAAAUUCUUUUUCAAUGUGGCGGAAGAGGAACGUAUAUCAAUUCAUAUGCCAGAGUGGCAUAGAAACUGAGGUGGUUCAUAUAUACUACAGUCCCAUAAAAUUGAGGUGGUUUAUGUAUACCAGAGCCAUAAAAACUGAAGUGGUUCAUUUGGUUUGCCAUGUUGUCGAAGGUCGACAGGGGGUCGCUUGUGGAUUAGGUGUACAUACAACAUAAACACACAAAGAAUUUUCCCUUUUCACAUCUAACAUGUAAAAGAUAAUCUUGAUGGCAAUUUUGUUUGUUCUAAUUGGUUGUCUGCUCUCUUUUACUUUCAUGGAUUCGC